GACUCAUGGGGGGGCUCGAACGAGCCCGACGCCUUCAUGAAGGUGCACAACCACCAGCUCGAGCAGUGGCGCGCCGACGCAGCCGCCACCCACACCAGCAUCAUGCUCCAACCAUGCGCUUCAACAUGGGAUCCAGAAGGACCAGUGCAGGAUCUCAGCCGUCAGGUCUUCGUGGACGACAUAUUGAAGUUCCACAUCGCACCCCGAGUCGGGCCGCGCAAACAAGCCAUGGACUCCAACGGCCAGCUCCGCGACGCCAGCAUCGACAAACUCCACGCCCUGACCGCCACCAUUGAGCGCAACCUCGACGCCCUACGCCACUCACUCCACCAGGGGGGCUUCAGUCUGAACGAGACUAAGGAAGAGAUCGCCCACUGCAUCCCCUCGAAGUACCUCCACCGCGCCUUCUUCACCGAUCCCCGCAUCAACUGCCGACGACUGACAGCGAUGAAACACGUGGGAGGCAUGUUCGACGCCAAAGCAACAUUCAAUGGAGUACGCGAAGCCCGACUACGUGCUGCCAAUGCAGGAUGGUGCCAGUACCGCCACUUCUGGUUCAGCCGAGCCCCACGCCGACUGAAGCGUUCCGUCUUCCAGGCAGUCGUUUAUGAAGCCGCCAUCAGCCCCGCCGAAACCUACUACCUCUACGAUACGGACUACAAGAAGCUGGACACCUGCUUAGGCAAGAAGCUGCGGGCCAUGUUACAGGGAAAGGGCUGCCACCAGCACCGCGACUCGCACCACAAGGCGAUUUCCGCAGCUGAGCGCGUUUCUGCUCUGUUCGGAGAACUCCGCAUCGAGAGCCUCCUGCGCGACAACGACCUACCCGCCGUGCCGCGCACUUUGACCGACGACGGCUACAUCAGCCCCGACGCACGCCCGACCGCCAGGCAGUUCGCCACCGACAUCCAGGACCUCCUCACCUACGACAUUGCCGAACCCUUGGACUUACUCGAUUGGAAGGGCAGCAUCGCCGCGCUUUUCACUGACGCGGAGAUCGCUGGCGCUUUCUGUGGGAUUGACGUGAGUUUCAUGAGGGUUGCCUAUCUUCGGUGCGCUAUCGCGCCGCCUGAUGUCCACAGGCUCGGGGCUCCCACCAGCAGCGACAGCACCGCAGAGACCGAGAUGGCGUGCCCCACGGGGGACGCGGAGCUCGACGACCAGAAGAUCGACCCCAAGAAGGCCCCCCUCGCCAGAGUACGCCGCCGACGAAGAGCAGCGUACAAGCCGAAGGUGGCGCCCAAGAUACCGAACGACAUGCGCGAGCUGCUCACCACCAUCGUGCGAGCGACCUACCAGAACACGAAGCAGAUCAGAGAGCUCAAGGGGCGCAUCAUCACGGCAGUCAAGAUCAGCGACACGGACCCACUGGUGGAAGCGAUCGAGCAGGAGAACCGCAACCACGCUCGUGCCAUACGCCGCGAAGGAGAAUCACAUGGAAGAGGCCCGCCAGCACCAGGAGCCGCGAUGGCGAUGAUGGAAGCGCUGACCCAGCAAGACAUUGGAGCGAAGAGCAAGGGAGAUCUCACCACGACCAUCGAGCGCAUCAACGCAAUGGACCAGCACCAGGUGCAGGACAGCUUCCCGAUAUGCAAGCUCGACAAGGCGUACAAGAGCGGCCAGGCGAAUAUCCUUUUCAAUUGUAGGGGCUACGAGAUCAGGCAGCGCUUGAUGACGGCACUGCGCAACGCCGACAAGCAAGCGUGCGUGGGGCCAGCUCCGGCGGGAUUCGUGGAGGACGAGCUGACACUUUGGAUGGGCGCGCUGGUGGGCGA